CUAACAUGUUUUACAUUUAAAAGGAUAAUCGCCAAGCAGAACUGACAGCAUCAUGCUAGUAGGAGACACAUGUAGCCAGGAGGACCCAAGACAAAUCAGAAAGACAAUACAACGGGAGCAGUGAGCCAUGGAGCUGUACUUCGGUGAAUAUCAACACGUGCAGCAGGAAUACGGUGUCCACCUGAGGCUCGCCAGUGAUGAAACCAAAAAGUUGAGGAAUUCCCAGCACCCUAAGGCAGGCUCCUACGGGGUCAGUAUUCGGGUACAGGGGAUCGAUGGCCACCCCUACAUAGUCCUGAACAACACGGAGCGCUGCCUGCCAGGCACACCUUUUUCUGAAAACGGGCCGUUUCCACCGCCAGUGAUAAAUGACCUGCCUGUGCAUCCCAGCAACGGCGCUGGGCUAGAGGAGGACAGUGCGGACGAGCUGCCCUUUCCAGAAAACCCGUAUGCCCCACCCAGCUCAGGGAGAACCCCAAAGCAGCCCCCUCUCUUUGAGGCCAAGCAUGGAGCUCUAGAAUGCAAAGAGGGGCCCGGGAAGCCAUCGCAGGUGCUGAACUUUCAGAGGCAUCCCGAGCUGUUGCAGCCCUACGACCCUGAGAAGAAUGAGUUGAACUUACACAACCACCAACCUGCUCAGGGUAACUGGCUACAGACCCUAACAGAAGAAGGCACCAACAGUAAGAAGGGCUGGACUUACUUUUCCAAACCCAGUCGUUCCCAGCCCGCCAGCCCUCCUCUGGAAGAGCUGGCCAAGUCCAACGUGACGGCCAUUCGCUUAUGCAGCUCGGUGGUCAUCGAUGACCCCAAGAAGCAGACCUCCGUGUGCGUGAAUGUGCAGAGCUGCGCCAAGCAGGGGCCGGCGGCGGCGGAGGCCCCCUCCCCGGGCGGGAGGCCCCCACCUGCCCUCGGCCCGCACCCCCACCCCGAAGCCAAGAAAACCAGGCCGGAUGUGCUUCCCUUCCGGCGCCAAGACUCCGCGGGUGCCGUCCUGGACGGAGCGCGCUCCCGGAGGUCCUCCUCCACGUCCACGACGCCCACCUCGGCCAACUCCUUGUACCGCUUUUUACUGGAUGACCAGGAAUGUGCCCUCCACGCUGACAAUGUGAAUCGGCAUGAAAACAGAAGGUAUAUCCCCUUCUUGCCAGGAACCGGGCGGGAUAUCGAUACGGGAUCGAUGCCUGGCGUGGAUCAGUUGAUCGAAAAAUUCGACCAAAAACCUGGGCUGCAGAGAAGGGGCAGGUCUGGGAGGCGAAACAGAAUCCACCCCGAAGACAGGAAGAGGUCCCGGAGCGUGGACAGCGCCUUUCCCUUCGGCCUCCAGGGGAACUCGGAGUACCUGACCGAGUUCAGCAGGAACCUGGGCAAGUCCAGCGAGCACCUCCUGCGCCCCUCGCAGGUGUGUCCGCAGCGGCCGCAGGCCCCGGAGCACCCCCGCGGGAGACAGAGCGCGGGGCACGCCUCCGCCAAGCCGCAGGGGGCCCCCCCGAGGCCUCCCCAGCAGAGCAGAGAUGGGAAAGCUCUGGAGAGCAAAGGUGGCCAGGAAAGUAGCCCGGCGCGUGCAUCCUCCCUCCCAGCGCAGAAAAAGGAGGAGGAAAUCAAAACGGCCACUGCUACGCUGAUGUUACAGAACCGCGGGCGAGCCGCGUCGCCUGACUCUGGUGCCAAGAAGAUUUCUGUGAAGACAUUUGCGUCCACCUCAAAUACCCAGGCCACGCCGGACCUGUUAAAAGGCCAGCAGGAGCUCACUCAGCAAACCAACGAGGAGACGGCCAAGCAGAUCCUCUACAAUUACCUCAAGGAAGGAAGCACCGAUAAUGAUGAUGCCACUAAAAGGAAAGUCAACCUGGUCUUUGAGAAAAUCCAGACUUUAAAGUCUCGAGCGGCAGGGAGCGCACAAGGAAGUCACCAAGCUUCUAACUCUUCGUCUGAAGUCAAAGAUCUGUUGGAACAAAAAACCAAGUUGACCACAGAAGUGGCUGAACUUCAGAGACAGCUUCAACUGGAAGUCAAGAAUCAACAGAACAUCAAAGAAGAGAGAGAGAGAAUGAAAGCAAACUUAGAAGAGCUCCAGAGCCAACACGACCACAAGGAGAAAGAGAACUCGGUGCUGCAGCGGCGGCUGGAAGAGAGUGAGGGGGAGCUCCGGAAAAGCCUGGAGGAGCUGUUUCAGGUAAAGAUGGAACGGGAACAGCACCAGACGGAGAUCAGGGAUCUCCAGGACCAGCUCUCGGAAAUGCAUGAUGAACUGGACAGCGCCAAACGGUCCGAGGACAGGGAGAAGGGGGCUCUGAUUGAGGAACUCUUACAGGCCAAGCAGGACCUUCAAGAUCUGCUUAUCGCCAAAGAGGAGCAGGAAGACCUCCUGAGGAAGCGGGAGCGGGAACUCACCGCCCUGAAGGGAGCCCUGAAAGAAGAGGUUUCCAGUCACGACCAGGAGAUGGAGAAGCUGAAGGAGCAGUACGACGCCGAGCUGCAGGCCCUGAGGGAGAGCGUGGAGGAAGCCACCCAGAAUGUCGAGGUCCUGGCCAGUCGGAGCGCCUCACAGCAGGCCCAGGUGGAUGCUGAGCUGCGCGUGCAGGCCCUGGAGGAGGAGAACGAGCGGCUGCGGGGCAGCCUGGGCGAGCUGGAGCAGAGCGUGGCGCGGCUGCAGAGGCAGGCUGCUGACCUCCAAGGCGACGAGGCCAAAGCCAAGGACACGCUCAGGAAGUACGAGGGGGAGAUCCGACAGUUAGAGGAGGCCCUCGUGUGUGCAAGAAAGGAAGAAAAGGAAGCCACGGCAGCCAAAAGGGCCCUGCAGAGUGAGCUGGAAGAGGCUCAGGCAAGUCUGAGUCGGGCCACCCAGGAGCAGAAGCAGUUGUCCGAGAAGCUAAGAGAGGAGGCCGAGCAGAAGGAGCAGUUAAGGAGAAUGAAGAACGAAAUGGAGAAUGAGCGCUGGCAUCUUGACAAGACCAUUGAGAAACUGCAGAAGGAGAUGGCCGACAUUGUCGAGGUGUCCCGCACAUCAACGCUGGAGCUCCAGAACCAGCUGGAUGACUACAAGGAGAAGAAUCGCAGGGAGCUUGCAGAAAUGCAAAGGCAGUUGAAGGAGAAAACCCUAGAGGCAGAAAAGUCCCGUCUGACUGCCUCAAAAAUGCAGGAGGAGAUGCGCCUGAUGGAGGAAGAGUUGCGGGACUACCAGAGAGCUCAGGAUGAGGCGCUCACGAAGAAGCAGCUCCUGGAGCAGAUGCUGAAGGACCUGGAGUACGAGCUGGAGGCCAAGAGUCACCUCAAAGAUGACCGCGGCAGGCUUGUCAAGCAGAUGGAGGACAAGGUGUCUCAACUGGAGCUGGAGCUGGAAGAAGAAAGAAGUAACUCGGACUUGCUGUCUGAGAGGAUCACUCGGAGCAGGGAACAGAUGGAGCAGAUGAGGAACGAGCUGCUUCAGGAGAGAGCUGUGAGGCAAGACUUGGAGUGUGACAAGAUUUCCCUGGAGAGACAGAACAAGGACUUAAAGAGCCGGAUUAUGCACCUGGAAGGUUCCUACCGGUCCAGCAAAGAGGGGCUGGUGGUGCAGUUGGAGGCCAGGAUCGCGGAGCUGGAGGACCGGCUGGAGAGCGAGGAGAGGGACCGGAACAGCCUCCAGCUCAGCAACCGCCGGCUGGAGCGGAAGGUGAAGGAGCUGGUGAUGCAGGUGGACGAUGAGCACCUGUCGCUGACUGAUCAGAAGGACCAGCUGAGCUUGCGCUUGAAAGCAAUGAAGCGCCAGGUAGAGGAGGCCGAGGAGGAAAUCGACAGGCUUGAAAGCUCUAAGAAGAAGCUGCAGAGGGAGCUGGAGGAGCAGAUGGAUGUCAAUGAGCAGCUGCAGGGGCAGGUCAACAAUUUGAAGAAGAACAUAAGACUGAAGAAGCUGCCCAGCAAAGUGCUGGACGACAUGGACGACGACGACGACCUCAGCACCGACGGGGGGAGCCUCUACGAGGCGCCGCUGAGCUACACCUUCCCCAAGGAUGCCGUCAGCCAGCUCUGAGCCCUCUCCGGGCCUGUGGAGGGGGCUCAAGUGGCCGUCCUUCCUCCCAGGGACCCUCAGCCGCCGCAGCAGGAGGCA